AUGGCAACCUUGCUGUUUCCACCGGGUCCCAACAGCUUGCACCGGUUUACUCGUGAAUCCCUGGCUGGCAUCGAGCAGCGGAUCACUGAAGAAGAGGCGCAGAAUGCCAGGAAGUAUCAGGAGGACCUGGGUGACGUGGAGCCUCUCAAGCCUCGGCCAGACCUGGAGGCCGGGAAGCAACUUCCCAGGAUAUUUGGAGACAUUCCAUCAGAACUGGUCGGGGUGCCGCUGGAGGACAUCGACCCAUACUACUUCCAAAACCAGAGAACAUUUAUAGUACUGAACAAAGGGAAGGCCCUCUUCCGAUUUAGUGCCACUUCUGCACUCUAUAUUUUUAGCCCUUUUCAUCCUAUUAGAAGACUGUCGAUAAGAAUUUUAGUACAUUCGCUAUUCAGUCUGUUCAUUAUGUGCACUAUUUUAACAAACUGUUGCUUCAUGGCUAUGUCGGAACCAGCAGCAUGGGCCAAGUAUGUCGAGUACACAUUUACUGGAAUUUACACAUUCGAGUCGGUGAUUAAAAUACUGGCAAGGGGGUUUUGCAUCGGACCGUUCACUUUUCUGCGGGAUCCAUGGAACUGGCUGGAUUUCAGUGUGAUUGUCAUGGCAUAUGUUACUGAGUUUGUGGACCUGGGCAAUGUCUCAGCGUUACGGACGUUCAGGGUCCUACGAGCACUGAAAACUAUCUCGGUCAUCCCAGGGUUAAAGACUAUUGUGGGUGCCCUGAUUCAGUCAGUAAAGAAGCUGGCAGAUGUCAUGAUCCUGACUGUCUUCUGUCUGAGUGUGUUUGCUCUCAUCGGCCUGCAGCUUUUUAUGGGUAACUUACGUCAGAAAUGUGUGCGCAGUACAGCCCACUGCAUCACCGACCCCUCCUUUAACAGCAACACCUCCUUCUACUGCAAUAACAAGACCUGGUCAUCAUUGAAGGAGUUCAUCAGUGAUGAAGAGAACUAUUACAAAGUGGAUGGAUCAAAGGAUGCCUUAAUAUGUGGACAAGCUAGUGAUGCUGGGAAAUGUCCAGAUGGGUUUGAAUGUUUGAAGACAGGGCGCAAUCCAAACUAUGGCUACACCAGCUUUGACACCUUUGGCUGGGCAUUUCUCUCUCUCUUUAGGCUCAUGACACAAGACUUCUGGGAAAACCUCUACCAUCAGACUCUGCGGUCUGCGGGGAAGACAUACAUGGUGUUCUUUGUGGUGGUGAUCUUCCUGGGGUCCUUCUACCUGGUGAAUCUAAUCCUGGCAGUUGUAGCCAUGGCCUAUGAGGAGCAGAAUCAAGCCACGCUUGCAGAGGCCUUGCAAAAAGAAAAAGAGUUUCAGCUCGCCAUCGAACAGCUAAAAAAAGAACAGCAAGCAUCUCAGAAAGCUCAGGAGAGCGAGUCAGUGCUGUCUCCUGAACUGUCUCCCUCAGCAUCACAGGACAACAAAGAGCACAAGGACAGGAGAAAAAGCCUGAGGCCUGUAUCUGAAGAAGUGGAGAACGGCGAUGAAAAAUCACCAAAGGAAGAUGGUUAUGAGGGAGCAAAGCAAUCAAACACCUUGAUAGUAAGAACUUUUUCCUCCUGGACCAAACGAGGAAGUCAAGGCAGUAUCUUUAACUUUCGGCCACGAAGCAAGGAAUCAGAGACCGACGCUGAUGACGAAUACAGCAAUCACGGGGAUUCGGACAGUCGAGCUGGCUCGCUUGUCCUCCCGUGGCACCGAAGACGGAUUAGUGCACAGAGCACAAGUAGUCAUGGUUCUCAGGUCUUUUACCCUAGUCUCAAUAUCAACGGCAAGCUGUUUGUCGCUAUGGAUCAGAACGGCGUCUCAAGUCCUGGACCACUCAGCCCCCUGUCACUACCUGCAUGCACCAUGGAGAAAGUCAAGGAAGAAUCUGGAUCAAACGAGUUGAGCGGUAUACUUCUCCCGCAGCUGUCCCAGGAGGGCCGAGACAGGGCGCUAAGUGCUGCUAGCUGCCUCACUGACGCCAUGGAGGAGCUGGAGGAAGCCCAUCAGAAAUGCCAUCCUUGCUGGUACGCCUUUGCCCAGAAGUACUUGGUGUGGACGUGCUGCCCCGGCUGGCUUAAAUUGAAAGAGUGGGUCAAUACCAUGGUCAUGGAUCCCUUUCUGGACCUUGCGAUUACCAUCUGCAUUGUGCUUAACACACUCUUCAUGGCACUGGAGCAUUACCCUAUGACAGACGAUUUCAACAGGAUGCUUUCCGUGGGAAAUCUGGUCUUCACGGGGAUCUUCACAGCAGAGAUGGUGCUGAAGAUUAUUGCACUGGAUCCAUACUACUACUUCCAGCAGGGAUGGAACAUCUUUGACAGCUUUAUCGUUUGUCUAAGCUUGAUGGAGCUUGGCCUUUCUAAUGUAGAAGGCUUGUCAGUCCUGCGCUCCUUCAGACUGCUGCGAGUCUUCAAGCUGGCAAAAUCAUGGCCCACUCUGAAUACCCUUAUAAAGAUUAUUGGGAACUCUGUGGGUGCCUUGGGAAACCUCACUUUGGUUUUGGCCAUUAUCGUCUUCAUCUUCGCUGUGGUGGGCAUGCAGCUGUUUGGAAAGAACUACGAACUGUGUGUGUGCAAGCUCUCCAAGGAUUGUAAAUUACCACGCUGGCAUAUGAAAGACUUCUUCCACUCCUUCCUGAUCGUGUUCCGGGUCCUGUGUGGAGAAUGGAUCGAGACCAUGUGGGACUGUAUGGAGGUUGCUGGACAGCCUCUGUGUAUCCUGGUCUUUAUGCUGGUCAUGGUGAUUGGAAAUCUGGUGGUGCUGAAUCUCUUUCUGGCUUUGCUGCUAAGCUCUUUCAGCGCGGACAACCUGUCGUCUCCAGACGAGGACGGUGAGAUGAACAACCUGCAUAUUGCCAUUGCUCGCAUUCAGAAGGGCAUCCUGUGGCUGCGCCGGACCCUCUGUGACUUUUUCAAUGGGAACUUCAAGCGGCGGCGGCAGAAGGCCAAAGAGGCCAAGGCCAUGCUGAAGUUAAAGCGACUCAGUCAGCAGGCCCAGAAGGCAGAGGGAAAUGGUACAGCAGGAAUCGUUAGCCACACUGGAGAGAAGUGUGCCUCCCCGGAUGACAGCUACAUGACCAACCCCAGCCUGACUAUUAGUGUCCCCAUUGCACCUGGAGAAUCAGACCUGGAGUUCCCGGAGGAGGAAGAGGAGGAUGAAGAUGAAGCUAGCGAUAGCUCUGAUGAGGAGAGGGAAGUCGAGACCAAGCCGAAUGACGACAUCAGCCUAUCAGAGGGUAGCACAAUUGACAUCAGGAAGCCUGGAGAGGAGGAAGAUGAAUACUCAGAGAUGGCGGAGGAGGACAUGGACCCUGAAAAUUGCUUUCCCGAUGUGUGCAUCCGUCAUUUCCAGUGCUGUGAUAUUAACACCAGUGCAGGUCUGGGCAGGAUGUGGUGGCGACUCAGGAAAACCAGUUAUCAGAUAGUGGAACAUAGCUGGUUUGAAACCUUCAUCAUCUUCAUGAUCUUGCUAAGCAGUGGUGCUCUGGCAUUUGAAGACAUUUACAUUGAACAAAGAAGAGUAGCCAAAGUUGUUCUUGAGUUUGCUGACAAGAUUUUCACCUACAUCUUCAUUCUGGAAAUGGUUCUGAAAUGGCUCGCAUAUGGCUUUAAAAAGUACUUUACCAACUACUGGUGCUGGCUAGACUUUCUAAUCGUUGAUGUGUCUUUAAUAAGCCUCGUAGCUAGCACACUAGGCUACUCUGACUUGGCUGCCAUCAAAUCACUUAGGACCCUCAGGGCUCUCAGGCCACUAAGAGCUCUAUCCAGAUUUGAAGGCAUGAGGGUGGUUGUGAAUGCUUUGAUCGGGGCCAUCCCGUCAAUCAUGAACGUCCUACUGGUGUGUCUGAUCUUCUGGCUUAUCUUCAGCAUCAUGGGUGUGAACCUGUUUGCUGGAAAAUUUGGUCGCUGCAUCAACCACGCAGGUGAAGUCUAUAAUGCUUCACACGUUAACAACAAGUCCGAGUGCCUGGCUAUGAACGAAACCGAAUACUACUGGACUAAAGUAAAAGUCAACUUUGACAAUGUGGGUGCUGGCUACCUUGCAUUACUUCAAGUGGCUACGUUUAAAGGCUGGAUGGACAUCAUGUAUGCAGCUGUUGAUUCACGUGCUGUGGACGAGCAGCCGGUUAAGGAGAUCAACCUGUAUAUGUAUCUGUAUUUUGUGAUUUUUAUCAUCUUUGGAUCAUUCUUUACAUUGAACCUUUUCAUUGGUGUGAUCAUUGACAACUUCAACCAACAGAAACGGAAGUUAGGAGGACAAGACAUCUUCAUGACUGAAGAGCAAAAAAAGUAUUAUAAUGCCAUGAAAAAACUUGGAUCUAAAAAACCUCAGAAACCUAUUCCCCGGCCUUUGAACACAUUCCAAGGAUUCUUUUUCGACUUGGUGUCUAAACAAGCCUUUGACAUCAUCAUAAUGCUGCUCAUCCUCCUCAACAUGUUGACCAUGAUGGUGGAGACAGAUGAGCAGUCACCAGAUAUGGAGUCCAUCCUCUACAAAAUCAACCUGGCCUUCAUUGUCAUCUUUACUAUAGAGUGCAUUAUCAAGAUCAUUGCCCUUCGCUGCUACUUUUUCACCGUCAGCUGGAACAUCUUUGACUUUGUGGUGGUCAUCCUCUCCAUUGUAGGUAUUGUCCUCGCUGACAUCAUAGAGAAAUACUUUGUGUCACCCACACUAUUCAGAGUGAUCCGUCUGGCCAGAAUAGGACGCAUUCUUCGUCUCAUUAGAGGAGCCAAAGGGAUCAGAACGUUACUCUUUGCCUUAAUGAUGUCCUUACCUGCACUUUUUAAUAUUGGUCUUCUGCUCUUUUUAGUCAUGUUUAUUUAUGCCAUUUUUGGAAUGGCAAACUUUGCUUAUGUAAAGAAACAAGCUGGAAUUGAUGACAUGUUCAACUUCGAGACAUUUGGUAACAGCAUGCUUUGCCUUUUCCAAAUAACAACAUCAGCUGGCUGGGACAGCCUGCUCAGCCCGAUUUUAAAUAACUCCCCUGAGGAGUGUGACCCCACUGUGCUAAACGUUGGCACAAGUGUUCGAGGAAACUGUGGGAACCCUUCAGUGGGAAUAACUUUCUUUGUGACUUACAUUAUCAUUUCCUUUCUCAUUGUGGUGAACAUGUACAUAGCUAUUAUCCUGGAGAACUUCAGCGUAGCCACGGAGGAGAGCACCGAGCCCCUGAGUGAGGAUGAUUUUGAGAUGUUCUACGAGGUUUGGGAGAAGUUUGACCCUGAGGCCACUCAAUUCAUUGAAUAUGCUAAGCUCUCGGAUUUUGCCGAUACGCUGUCGGAGCCUCUGCGUAUCGCUAAGCCUAAUAAAAUUAAGCUAAUUUCCAUGGACCUUCCCAUGGUGAGCGGUGAUAAAAUUCACUGCCUGGACAUCUUGUUCGCCUUUACCAAGCGUGUGCUGGGAGAGUCGGACGAAAUGGACGCUCUUAAGCAGCAGAUGGAGGAGAAGUUUAUGAUGGCGAACCCAUCGAAGAUCUCCUACGAACCCAUCACUACAACUUUACGUCGCAAGCAGGAGGAGGUGUCGGCCAUAGUCAUACAGAGGGCUUACAGAAGGCAUCUUCUCCGUAGGCAGUUGAAGCAAGCCUCUUUUCUUUAUCGACAGAUAAACUCGGAGGGGGCUACCAGUGAAGAGGACAGCCCACCAGAAAAGGAAGGACUCAUAGCCUUCUUGAUGAAAGAGAAUUACGGACAUGAUGGAGAGGGUCUGUCCUCGACCUCUUCACCUCCGUCAUAUGACAGUGUGACAAGAGCCGCUAGCGAGCUUUAUCAAGUUCUAAUACCUGAGCCCAGGAACACUGACCUGAGCAAAACGAAUCCAGACUCUGAUAAAGACUGUGAGACAUUUCUAUAA